UUUAUUUGGCGCGUUUUUGCUGCAGUAUUUCGUGCUGCGCCACUACUUAUGCAUCCACCAUUGGGCGCUCUCCUGUAUUCAGCUAAUUAGACUUCGGACAAUAGUGAAAUAGUCCAGGAGCUGGAGGUCACAGAAAGCACCAGCAGAGAUGGAUGUUUGCCCUCCUCGGCCUUUUGUGCCAGUAACUAGCGCAGCCCUCUGGUUCCCUAUGUCAAAACAGGUUCGAUGGAUUCACCGGCCCCGCUGGGAAUAAUAACGCGCUUUUAUAUUUACGCCAUCCACGGAUAUGUGUGCGAGAUCCUGUUCACUGCCGCGUGCGACUUCGCAGCCACCGGGGACUGGAAGUUCCAGGGCAUCACCAGCAUCUGGGCUCUCUUUAUCUAUGGUAGCGCCAUGUUGGGGAUUGAACGCAUGUAUCUGGCUCUGCGGAGCUGCCUGGGCUUCCUUCCGCGGGCUCUGCUCUACACGCUCUGGGUGUACGUGUGUGAAUUCACUUCCGGCUGGCUACUGAAAGGUAUGGGUGCCUGCCCAUGGGACUACAGCCACUUCCAUUAUAACUACCAUGGCCUAGUGACCCUGGAAUAUGCCCCCUUCUGGUUCAUGGGCUGUGUCAUUCUAGAAAAGGUGCUCAUUUGGCACACCCUGCGCUUACGACUCGACGAAAAGUGGGAGCCACAAGAAGCAGAACUAAAGAAGGACGAGUGAACUGAGGGCAAAAAAUAACUAGUCUGGGCGUAUGCGGCACCUCCGGCUCUAACAUAAACCCUCUGCGGGGCAGG